ACUGUCGCACAGUCGCACUGGCGUGCAAAGAGACUUGACACUUGGCAGUUGGCAGUAGUAAAGGCCGAAGUUCUUUUGUUAUGUUUAUGCUAUGGCUAUGGUUUUCUCAGGAAAAAAUAGGAAACAAGAUCAAUCGUAUCUACGAUGUAACGGAGCACUGCAUGAUCUAUCAUUCAAUUAGCUUCGCAAAAAAUGCAGAAAACUUGUGUUCAACAAAGUGAGAAUAUCAAGAGAGGUGAUUACAACAUACUUAGGACAGUUUUACAACUCCUUGAAGAAAUUGAGAAAUUUGAUGAUCUGGAAUUGUUGUUCAAUUUUUCUUGGGGCCAAGAAAUAAGGACGGAUGAAUGUACUUUGAGUUCUUUAACAUUCACAGGGUUUCAUGACAACAUAAAAAUUCCUGUGUCGAUAAAGAGUAUCGAAAAACUAAAACAAUUUUCAUUGAAACAGCCAAGCAAAGGAUAUGAGUUACCCUUCAAUCCCCUCCUAACAAGUACUUGGGAAAUCAAUGCUUCAGAAAUCUGUGGUUCAAUUCAGCAGGAGAUCCAUUUGGCGUCAUUGGUGGCCUGUCACCUUCAACUUCCUACUAAGUUGAUGGAUGUCAAAACAGAACUUCAAAAACUGAUAAUUUUGGAAACCGGUGGCCAGUGCUUUUUCAGUCAUUGUACUUCAUGCAUUGCCAAUAACAAAUUUGGCACAGUGGUCCUUCAGUUGCCGGUUGAAGGAGGAUAUGAAGGUGGUCGUUUAAACAUAGAGUAUAAAAGAAAAAAGACAGCAUUUGAGAAUCAUGUCAGCAGUGAAAAGAAUUCCUAUGUAUCAGCAUUCUACAAUUGCAGUGAGAAGUUUAUGGAACCAAUUACAAAAGGACACAAGUUAUUACUUGUCUAUGAUCUAAUCUGGACAAAUGCCAAGACAACAAUUCCAAACAAUUUCCCAGUUUUUCUUACAGCUUUAAAAGUGAUAAAACAAGUGUUAAAACCCUGGCUUCACCAAAAUGGGGACAACUUUGAAAUGCUAUUGGAUCCUCAUCCUUCCACACGUGAAAUUCAAGAAAAAUCUUCGGAGGGGAACACAUCUAUUCAUCUGUACUCGGAUUGGACUUUAAAAGAAAAGAUUUUGUUCUUCAUUCUGAAAGAAAAGUAUGAAGAGAAAUCCCUCGCAUUUGAGGUACUUCGUGGCCAGGAUAGAGUUUUAGUAGAAAUUCUUGUAAACUGUGAUUUUCUUGAAGUCCACCUUGCGAAGGCAAAUCAUAUUAUUCCGAAAGUUAAAAGUGAAGAUCCUGUUGAUGUGGAAUGCUGUGAGUCGGAAAAUCAGGGAAUAGGCGAAGAACAUCUAGGUUCAAUAGAAAUUUCAACAUUAAUCGACUUCAACGACGUAACAAGAAAUUUGAGCUUCGAAUUGGAUUGGGACAAGCAUUUCGUCGGACUCAUUCAGUCAAACCCGGAAAAGGAAGUCUACAGCGAAAAUCACAAAGUCAAGGUUGAACUUGGCAAGCGAAAUUUACACCAUGGUGUUUUAGUGAUCUGGCCGAAACAUCUUUCAGUUCCCAUAUACUGCCGAUUUGGCCUUCACUCACUUCUCAUCCGAAUGGGACAGAAUUUAUCAUCAAAAUCGGAAGAGCGACAAAGUGUCAGAAGUGAUUUAAGGCAAUUAGUUUCGUUUUGCCGCGCUGAACCUCAACGAGCUUGGACUACAUCGGAUUUAGGAAAAGGCGAAUUGACUUUGAGAUUGCUUCGAUUCUGUACCUCUUUGCAAGCUUUCGAAGAGGGUUUUCAACUAUUGAAGAUACUUGGUUCCGAUUUUGACUCGGAAAACUUUGAAGGAAUACAAAAUGACCAAGUCGCUCAAGCCAUUGCGGAUUUCGUGAGUCAAGUUACUGUAUGGAAUGACGUCGCUGAGCUGAUUAAGCCGCUGAUUUCUCGUUAUCGGAUUUCCAAGCAGUUGCUUCCGAUUACGAAAUUUGCGAAAUUCUUGCAAAGAACUAAUUGCCUGCAAGGAGCAACCAUGGUUGGAAAUUGUGUUUCGUCCUUUUUCGCCGAACUUGACCAGAAUCAAGCUGCGAAGUUGAAAAAGUCUGAUAUAGAAGCGUACAUGGACAUGGUCGUGUUUUUGGAAACGAAUCCUGACACUUGUUGUCGCUUAAGAGUAUCCUAUUUCAUUUUGUUCUUUUACAAGCUAAGACCAUCCAGUCUGCUGCGCCGUAUGGUUUGUGAUUUGAAAACCCAAUAUUGCUGGAUUUUUAAGAGUAUGCAGUACUUUCGAUUUCUGUUUUACGAGUUGUGUGAAAAUUUAAUAAGUCGGCCAGAAGUGUCCUCUGCUGGAAACACUGAAAAUCUCUCUGUUGCAUCAAACUCCUUGAACAACAAGGAAAAUAAAGAAGAAAAUCAAACCAUUUCUUCAUGCACACCAUCAGAAUCAAGAUCAACUACUCCAUUCGACACAGCCAAUGAGCACCCCGAAUUUCGCCUUCAAAUUAAUGUACAGGCUACCACUAGCCCGACAAUUCAAAGUUCAGUAGAUCCAGACAAUUCAAAAGUAGCACGUCAUGAAUCUGAAAAUCCGCAAGUAUUGGUUCCCUUCCAUUCUCCGAGGGACAUCAUAUCCAACUACAACUUUUUGGAUCUUGGAAGUCCACCAUCCAUUUCCAGCGGAGGCUUUUUCCUGGAGCGGUUUCGGGACUUAUUGGACCCUGGUGUCGAAGAAGUGGCCUCAAUAACUGGUGGGAGUAUAUGUUCUAAAUCAGACUAUCUCUUUCAGUUGCGUGAUUUUGAGUCAGCAUUUGAAGAGGUAUCCAAGGCUUGUUUAGUACAAGCCGAUAUGAAAACAGACGAGUACGUUGAAAAGUCAAUUGAAGAAAGGACUUGCAAACUUGUUGACGAAGAAAAAGAGUCCCAGAAGAGUCCCUCAACUAGGCCGAACUGUUUGAAUAUAGAGGCAUCAGAAGCAUUUCUGAACAAAAAGGAAAACACCAAAGAUAAUCAUACCGAUUUUCCGUGCACACCGUCAGGAAAAAUAUCAUCAUCAACUCCAUUUGCCGCUAAAAAUGAACAUCCCACUUAUCCCCUUCAAAAUAGUUCACAAGCUAUUACUAGUUUGAAAGUCCAAUGCUCAGACAGCAGCUCAUCAGCUAGUCCAAAUGUUGCAUGUGGUAAAUCUUGUAAACAACAAGAAUUGGUACCUCACCACUCAUCAUGGGACAUCGCAUCCCAUUCUAACUAUCCUGAAUCAUCACCCAUUUCCUACAAAGGUGUUUUAUUGGAGCAGUUUCGAGGAUUACUGAACCCAUCAACUGUUGAAGAAGAGAUCUCUAUCACUGGUGGCAGUAUAUGUUCUGUAUCGGACUACCUCUUUCAAUUGCGUGACUUCGAGUCGGCAUUUGACGAAAUAACUUCUUCAUCUGUUUUAAAAGCAGAUCUGCCAACAGGAUACGGGAUGCCUGUCUAUCCAUUAGCAAUCGAGUGGGUUCGGAAACCUCCACCAGUUGAAGAUUAUCAGUGUCAAAAUCCUGCAGUUGAUGUGGCGUCUUUCGCCACUAAUUCCAUGGAAGCUUUACAAUCUGCAGUGAACAGCAGUGAUUCCGAUAACAGGAAAAAACCGAAACUUAUAUUAGAGAAUACAUCGUUGAAUGUAGAGACAUCUUCUCGCAGAGCUGCUCCGACUGCAUCGAAAAUCAAAUUAUGUUCCAGUGGUGCCGAAUCGAAGGACUCGUUCGAAAACGUUAACUCAGAAGGAUACAAUAUCCUGGCGACUUCAAGCAUUGCAAAUUUAAGUCAUCGAAAAACUACCCCUGUCAUCAAUCAUAGCCAGGCUCCAAUUGGCAUUAAUAAGACUCUGGAAACACCGCCCUCUCACACGGUCUUUUGGAAUGGCGAAAUCAACAGUAAGGAGAUUGGCAAAAUCAACGUUGAAGCAGUCGUGAUUGGCCCAACGCAGUUAAUUCCCAAAUUGAUUCUUCCUUCAACAUUGGAACUGAUUGGUCGAAUCAAACCUGAAAUGACAUGGGAUUACAUCAAACAGACAAAACGAGCAGGAACCCGAGACAUUGUUAUUAUCUCAUUUUUUCCAACUUCCGAGUCGUCCCGUCAAGAUUAUUCUUUGUUUAUCCAUCACAUGGAGCAACACGAGCGGUUCGCUGUCGUUGGACCAGUCUCCAAGCUCAUCAAAGACUUCUACCUUGUUCCAUUAUUCAGGGACAAGCCAAUUCCAGCGGCCCUUAUUUCGCUUUCAAAAGGCAUUGAUUGGUUUCAGAACAGGAAUUACAGUCUAUUGCUUGGUAUUAUGAUACCAAGUAGGAAGCGAGAGGCUGUCCAGGGCUGUGCUUCCGUUUUGCCUUGAGCCCUUGAAUUGAAAUGCGAUAAACUAUCAAUAAUUUUACAUCUCAUCAGUCUUAAGCUUACCUAGUUUUAAAGCAUUGUUUCCAACUCGCUUUUUUUAUCGGUACAGCUGUGCGAAAAUAGCCUCCACUUCGACUUCAAAUGAAGCUAGUAUUUUUAAUAGUUCAAAUUGGCACGCAGUGAAUUUACUUCGGAAAUCUAUGUGAAGCUUAUUUAAAUGUGGCCUGCCAAAUUUUAAUAGAAAAUCGUCAAUCCGGUACAAAGAAAAACAACUUUUUUUGGUCAUUCGACAAAACAAAUAAUGGAGAAUUUCAUCUUAAUGCCUGUCGACGAUUACUUUUUGGUUCAGUAGUACAUAUUUCGUGUUCGUAUAAUGUUAUUUGCCUUCCAAUAAAUUGAUUAAACC